AUGAAGCCUUGGGUUAUUAUCUUGAUAGCUCUUAGCAGUACUUUUAUAUUCAUCUGUCUUCUGGUGAUUGUUAUAAAAUGUUGUCGCUAGAGAAGAGCAGGAAAAUUAUCAAGGAAAGAGGAAAAUUUAAUGCAAGCUCACUAAAUGAUGUAAGAAAAAUUAAGAUUAGAGGCUGAGCAAAAGGCAGCGCAGUAGAUCAAUGCUAAUAGCAACCAAUAUGGCUACAAUCCUCUAUCAAGCAAUAAUAAUAUGAUGGGAUAUAAUAGUUAUUAACCCUAGCAAAAUGUAGCACCUGGCUAUGUUUCUUCUAAUAAUUAUGGAUAUUAGUAAAAUCAUCAGAUUCAAUACAACCCUGAUAAGUCACAAGGAUAGUAGAAUCAACAGCAGCAACCUUUCUAAUUUGAGGUGCCUGUACCCUAUCAUGAAUAGUACCUCAAAGACUAGCAAAAUAACUAAUAAAAUAGAUAUAUUUGA